UAUUUUGAAAAAUAAACUAAAUAGUAUUAUUUCAUUAAUUUACUAACUUUUUUUUUUAAAAAAGACAACAUAGACGACGACGACGACUCUUCUUCGUUUCAGAAUUCAAGACCAAACAAAACUCAAAUCAGUAAAUCACCAUGGAGAAUUAUUACAAAGAAAUGGAACCGCCAGCAGCUACUGGAAACCGCAGAGACGCAGUUUCAGUGAAAGGCCACAGCGUGAGUUUCGACGAUUCAGCCGCCGAUCAGAGUCAGACGAACAACGAUUACCAGUUAAAGAUAAAGAAAAGCAAAAGCGUUCCAAACGCGGAUCGUGGUUCGGCGUCGGCUUCUAGAAGCUGGAGUUUCAGCGAUCCAGAAUCGCGGAGGAAGAGAAGAGUCGCUGGCUAUAAAGUUUAUUCCGUCGAACAGAAGAUGAAGGGAUCCAUUAGAAAGAGCUUCAAAUGGUUCAAAGGCGUCAUCGGUAUUUCUUGAUUUCUAUAUAUAUUUCUCUAAAUUUCUUGAUAUAGAAAUUUUCAAAACCCACCCGAAACUAUGAAAAAUAUCUCUGUUGUAAGAAAUACAGGAAACUCAAACUAAAAUGUUUCUUUCUCGUGCAAUUAUAUCAAGAUUGUAUAGUCUUGAUUCUUGAAUGAGACAGAUAAUGAAUGAACAAAAUCAGUUUCCAUA